GGUCAAGGCGACCUGUCAGCACAGUGAACUUCGUGCCCGACUGUGCCGGUCAUCUUUACUACAUCAACAACACUCGCCGGGCUAAGACGCGCUCCUGUAGACAUGGUGAUGCAAUCUAUCCUGCUUAUCGCGGCAAUCGCCAUUGUCGCGCCGUACGUAUACGACCGUUAUCUCGGGUUCUCGACGAUAUUCGCAAACAGACCGGGGAAAUUUGAAAAUGUGAACCACUUCAAGAGUCACGAAAUCAAGUUCCGCGAUCGGCUUCGCAAUUGCGAGGAUGUACUGGUCGAACAAGACAUGGGUAUUGCGUUCUUGAGCUGCAAUCCGGAGAGGGAUCAAUGGAACACGGUAAUGGGCUUACAUAUGCAGGGCACAUUUGCGUCAACUUUAGAUAAAAGAGAUGGUGCCGACAGCCCACAUAUCUGGAUCUACGACUAUUCAACGCCCAACAUUCCGGACUCAGACGCCUUAAAGCCUCUCGUUCGGACUGACUACGACAACGCGGCGGAUUUCCAGCCUCUGGGCAUCGAAUUUGAUGCCGCAACUUCUACGCUAUAUGUCGUCAACCAUUCCCGCAACUCUGGAAAUCUCAUCGAAGUGUUCCAGGUCUCUGUCCGAAAUGCAGUAGCCAGAUAUGUGCAGACAUUGAAACAUCCGUUGAUCCACACGCCGAAUUCCAUACAAUCUCUAGGAAAUGGGAAGCUAUUAGUUACCAAUGACCACUACAUCGGCGCAUUGAUCUCUCCGUUCAUCUCACAGGUCGAAACAUUUUCUGGCAUUCCUGGAGGUAGUGUCGUCUACACUGAUAUCCACAACCCGCAGGACACCAAGACGUUGACGCACGUACCCUUCGCCAACGGCAUUGCCAUGCUCAAUUCGACGACUGUAGCUGUCGCCUCGUCCUCCACAAUGGGCGUAAACUUCUACAGCUUCUACCCUGACACGAUCAGUAUGUAUUUCAGAAAAUAUGUUCGUGCUCCUUCGACUGUCGACAACCUUUCUGUCGAUUCUUCUGGCAAGCUUCUUUUGGCAGGCCACCCUUUCGCCCCAGCGCUCACAGGCGUGAGCAAAGCUAGAGCAAAGUGUAACGUGCAGGGAUCAUACGAGGAGAAAAAAGCUUGCAAGUGUACGGCGCCUAGUUGGGUGGGCGAGUGGAGCGAAGAGGAAGGGCUGAAGACUUUGUAUAAGAAUGACGGAGACGAAUUCUGCAGCAGUGCCACGCUCGCUCGCGAUGUAGGCAGAAGCGUGAGUAUCGUCACGGCGUUAUAUGAUAGAGGUAUUUUGGUGGCGAAGGAAUGAGGAGGACGCGCAAGGAACCAACCAAUAUGGACGGAGCGAGGCACCGAUGUGUCUACACAAGCUAUGAUGAACACGAAUUCUUUCUGAGGGAUUGCAAAAUAAAUGAAAGUCUUAUUGCAACAGGCGCGAUGCUAAUUGGAGUUGCAAGGUAGCCUACAGCUUAAUCAGGUGGCAUUGUGGCGCCUUGUAUCUUGGGGGUUAGUAGGGCCCGGAAUGGGUCGCUUAUCGCGAGUUUCCAUUGUCGCCAACUUCCUACCUAGGUACUUCCCAAUAUGAAGGCGGAUUAGUCAAAAGCACUGUGGCCAGGGCCGUAC